AUGCCUAGAGCAAAGAAUCAAGGAUCCUCAGAACCAAAGCGACGCAGCCGAACUGGUUGCUGUUGCUUGAAAACCGGUGACACCUGUGACUACAAGAUCAGGCUGAACUGGGAAGGCCGGAGGAUUAAACGCCGUGGCGGUGUCGAGGAAGCCGAGGAAUCGUUUCCCAUCCAAACGACCUUCAACAAUGAGUUCCUGGUUGACUACUCGGCCACCGAGAGUAUCGGCGUGCCACUUCAACGCUAUGCAACCGAACCGAAUCCAGCAAAUACUGGCCCUAUACGCUAUGAGUUUGAGCAUACUCUUUUCCAAGAUCUGCACCAAAACCCCGACUUCAGUUCGUCCGUUGUGGUGAAGAAGAAGGCCAAGUCUAUGGAUGAUGCGUUUUCUAUGGAUCGGACAUCCGCGGACCUCCGAUUCACUCUUGGCGGCGAGGACACCACCAUGACCACCACUGCCGCAGUUCAGAUCAACGGCGUCGCACAAAGCCCGGCUUCGACGAUAUCUACCAGCGAAGAAGCAAUAGCCCCUCGACCAACACAAAAUGACACCCGGAUGGAACUUUACUACCUCGACCAGGCCCAGUCCCCCGGCGAUCCCCAGUGGUCCAGCACAUGGAACACCGACGCCAUGAUGGGCUGCAUAACUUCAAGCUCGCCACAACUGUCCAGAGUGACUUCCUACACCAGCGACGAGAUGGCCCUCAAAUCAAUAUGGGGGGAUUCCGCAGCUGUCGAGACGUCUGAUCGUAGAUCCAGCGUUGAUGACGCAGGAACCGACUGCGUAGAAUGCCCGACCAGCCUUUCAUACAUGGCUCAAGUCGGCUACAGUAGUGCGCCCACUUGUAGCAUGAUGUGCCUCAUGAGCAGAGACCCAUGGAUGAUGGCCAUGGGAGACAUGAGCCGCACCCUAGCCGCACCCGGAGCCCUGGAGACGGUACCUGAGCAGACGACGGCAGUGAUUGGGAAUCCGCCCUGGUUCAUCAGCAGCGAAUACCAACAGACAAUCAAUGCGCUUCCGAAAGGGAUAUCACCCAUCCCGGACAAGCUGAGAGAUGAGACCAACAUGAUGUUCUUCGAUCACUUUGUCAAUUAUACGGCAAAAGUUAUGGCGCCCUAUCACAACAAAGAAGCUAAUCCAUUUAGCAACUUUAUGCCGGCCAUUGCAUUCCAAAGCGAUAUUCUACUGAGCUUGAUGCUGGCUUUCGCAGCCGUGCAUCGGUCACAAGUUUUGCGCAUGACAGAGCCUGAGCUACGCAUUGCUGAAUGGGCAGAAGACAUUUUCUGUGUCCUUCGAGGAAUGCUUGGUGACCCCGUCAAGACAAUCCAGGACGAUACCCUGCUAUCGAUGGUGCUUCUGACAUCGCUAGAAAAAUCAUCCCCCAGUACCUUUGGGGCGAAUAUUCCUUGGCAAAAGCAUCUCAAUCUCACGCGCAGCCUGGUGGGUAAGCGACUUGCUAUUCUCGGCUCGCAAAACGAAAGAAACGAAGAACUCUCUUUCAUUUUCAGUUGGUUUUCAUACCUUGACACCAUGGGACAAGUCAGCAUGGCCCCGUUGAUUGAGGGAAUAUCUCCCCAGACUGGUCCGUAUGACCUACUUCAGAAAAUCAGAGUCGAUGACGAGGAAGAGUUCGACUGCGUGAUGGGCUUCACCACGCACUGCGGAAAGCUUUUGGUUGAACUCUCUGCGCUGAUCAGACAGUGCCCCGGCGCACAAGAGCCGGAUGACGCUACCAUAAACGCGGCGCUGGACCUCGAGAGAAGAUUCAAGGAGAGCAUGAACAAGCCCGUCAAGGUUUGCCACCACCUCCGCAAGAACAAAGUUGACAUGAGAAGCCUCACCGAGAUGGACGCCGCCAGCCAAGCCUACCACUGGGCUGGCAUCGUGUACCUGCGGCGCCGCAUCCUGUGCAAGGGCUCGUGCGAUGAAGAGGUGCAGGACGGGGUGCAGAGAAUAUGGGAGUGUAUUCAACAUAUACGCAGAGAGAAGGAAGCCGACACGGCAUGCCUGUUUCCGCUAUUCGUUGCCGGGUGCGAAACGAACGAGGCUACUCAGCGCAAGCUCAUCCUCGCCCGGCUCAAGAGCGCCGAGAAGAGCGGCAUGAAACAGGUCAAGCGCGCUCGUAAGCUCAUGGAGGCUUCAUGGCGCGGCGGCCAGCCGUGGUACAGCUUGAUCCAAGAUGAGUAUCUUGGAUAA